AAGACCUGCGGGCCGCUGCCGCUCCCCAAACCCACCCUAAACCCUCCGGUCCGCGACCCGGCCGGAACCGUAGCCUUGCCCCCGCGCCGCCGCCAGACCACCCCGCCGCUUCUCCUUCCACCUCUUCUCGGGCUGCCGUCCGUAUCUCCUGCGCUCGAGCUUAGUUGAGCCAUUAUGGGCAAGUCGAGCAAGAAAUCCGGUGUUGAGGUUGCACCUGCUGCUGUCUCGGUCCCAGAGGGCAAGUCUGCAAAGAAGGGGAAGAGAAAUGCGGAAGGUGAGAUUGAGAAGGCAGUCAGUGCGAAGAAGCAAAAGACUGUACCUGUAAAGGUUGAGCCAGUGAAGAAGCAGCCCCCUCCCAAGAAAGUUGAGAGCAGUAGCUCUGAGGAAGAAUCUUCAGAUUCUGAAGAGGAGGUUAAGGUCCAGCCGAAGAAGGUUACUCAACCGAAGAAAGGCAUGCAACCUGCUAAAGAGGAGAGCAGUGAUGAUAGCAGUGAUGAGAGCUCCUUAGAUGAUGAACCUUCCAAAAAACCAGUUGCUUCAAAUAAACCUCCAGCUGCUGCUGGCAGCAGCAGCAGCGAUGAGACCAGCGAUAGUGGUGGUGAUAGCAGUUCUGAUGACGAACUUGCAAAGAAACCCACUACCCUUACAAAGAAGCCUGCUGCAGUGGUUAGUAAUGGUUCCAAAAAUCUUAUGUCUGACAGCAGCAGCUCAGACAGUAGCUCGGACGAUGAAUCUGAUGAGGAUGAUAAGCCUGCUGCUCAGCUAAAGAAGCCUUCAGUUGCCUUUGUGCAACAGAAGACCCAAGAGUCUGAUAGCUCUGACAGCGAUUCGGAUGAUGAUUCAGAUGAGGAUUUGCCUGUUAAAGCUCCGGUAGCAGCCAAGAAAAAGGAGGAGUCGAGUGAGAGUUCUGAAUCUGAGUCCGAGGAUGAGGAUAACAAUGCUAAGCCUGCAAAGGCUGCUGCUCCUAAGAAGAAAGAGGAAUCUAGUGAUAGCUCAGAAUCUGACUCUGAGUCAGAUUCUGAUUCUGAUGAACCUGAAAAGCCUACUGUUGCUGCAAAAAGGCAUCUAGCAACAGAUAAGAAGAGCAGACAAUCCAGUGACGAAUCUGAUGAUAGUUCUGAUGAGAGUUCUGAAGAAAGUGAUGAGGAGCCUCCUCAAAAGAAGCCAAAGGUACUCUAUCUUCAUGUUCGCUCUGCCUUUGAAUAUUUUGUUUCACCUGCUUACUGUUCUUCUGGUGCUGCAAAGCCUGCCACUAAGGUUUCAAAGAAAGAAAGCAGCAGUGAUGAAGAUAGUGAAGAGGAAAGUGACAAACAGGCUAAAACUCCCAACAAAAAAUUGGCACAGAAUGAAGCCAAAACUCCUGCCAAAAGCCAAAGUCAGUCUGCUGGAUCAAAGACGAUUUUUGUGGGGAAUUUAUCCUAUAGUGUAGAUCGUGAACAAGUUAAGCAAUUUUUUGAGGAGGCUGGUGAGGUUGUAGAUGUUCGUUUGUCUACUUUCGAGGAUGGGAGCAUGAAGGGCUAUGGUCAUGUUGAAUUCGCUACAGCUGAAGCUGCUCAGAAGGCACUUGAAUUUGCUGAUCAUGACCUGAUGGGACGGUCUUUGAGGGUCGACAUUGCUGUUGAGAGGGGCGCGUACACUCCUGGCAGCGGGAGGGACAACAGUUCUUUCAACAAAUCUGCUCCAAGGUCAGGCAACACUGUAUUUAUUAAAGGCUUUAACACAUCUAGUGGAGAGGACCAGAUCCGAAGCGCUCUUGAAAAACAUUUUGGCUCAUGUGGAGAGAUUGUUCGGAUUUCAAUUCCAAAGGAUUAUGAAACUGGUGCACCCAAAGGGAUGGCAUACAUGGACUUCAAGGAUCCGGAUUCCUUGAAUAAAGCAUAUGAGCUGAACGGAAAUGAACUUGAUGGCUACAGCUUGUAUGUUGAUGAGGCGAAGCCUAGGCCUGAUAACAGAGAUGGUGGCUUCAGUGGUGGCAGGCGGGGAAGUUUCAGUGGUGGAAGAAGAGGGAGAAGUGACAGGGGCCGAGGUGGUGACCGCGGACGUGACGGAGGACGGGGGGGACGUGUAUUUGGAGGAAGGGGUGGAAGGGGUGACAGAGGCCGUGGCGGCCGGGGCACACCAUACAAGCAGGGUGCUGGUACAGGCCGCUCAGAUUUCUAUCUGCUGUCAUGAUAGAAACCUUGUUGAAGCUGUGUUUGUUGGGAUCGCUUGAUUUGUAACAUGUGGUUCAAUUUUUUCAGGAAAGAAGACGACAUUCGAUGAUGACGAGUGAAGCAUUGGCAAGCGACUAUAGUGAAAUGCGAGCACCUACUAUCUUUACCCUAAAACUUCUGUUAUGUGCUCUCGUAUAUGAUGCUGCUCGGCUUGCUUUGCAAUUUUGACAUUUUUUUAACCUCUUUUCACACCGUAGUUAUUGAAGUAUCUCGUGGAUCUCAUUGACGUGACAUUUUUAAUGCAUUUUUAUGAUGAGGAUAGUAAAUUCUUUUUAUUUGGCCUUGUUCA